GUAGUGUCUAGAUAGCUUUUAUAGCAUUAGCUACUCAAUUUAUAGCAUUAAGGUUUCAUGCUAGAGCGAUCCAAUGAGAUCGCUCUCUUUUCAUCCGACCGUUGAGCAGUACGGACGCAAGUGUACCCGUCUCCUCAAGUGCAAUUAAUUAAUAAAGUAUAUAUUAAAGUGAAGUGUCGUCCAGUCGUUAUUAAUUACCGCGUACUCCGUCCCAAUAUUUCAACUUGGCGACGAGUGUAAAUUAGUGAAAAGUAGUCGUUCAGUGAAAGGAACAAUAGCGCGUGCAUUUUAGUCGGUCGCGAACACGUGAUGAGUGAAAACCCUAACCUCAAAAUGACGGAGUCUGCAGGUGCAAGUGGUGUAACGCAGAGCGCGUUGAAAAUGGAAGCAGUAGGUGCUGCUCCUAUAGUUCGUGCUGGCAUGUUCGGCCAAAUCGAACAGUUCGUCGUCGGGGAGAAUUUCGGGGAAUAUGUGAACCGCUUGGAAAUGUUCUUCCUCGUAAAUGACACGCCGGAUGAUAAAAAAAGUGCCAGUGUUGGUCACGGUGGCUGGUCCCAGCCUAUACUCAAUCGCAUCUAGGUUGAGUUCACCGGAGGAUCCACGUAUGAAGUCCUACGAGGAUCUGGUCGAUCUCCUGAAAAAGCACCUCGAUCCAACCACGAAUAUCGUCGCGGAAAGGUACAAAUUCCGCAAGUGUGAGCAAAUGUCAUCGCAAAGUGUCAUCGAGUUUAUUAUCAACCUAAAAGCCACUGCACAGUCGUGUAAGUUUGGAGAUUUUCUGUCGGAUGCGCUUCGGGAUCAAUUCGUCGCGGGAAUCAACGACCAAAGUUUGCGGAAAAAGCUGUUAACGGAGCCCGAGCUGACAUUCGAUAAAGCGUGUUCAAUCGGUCGGAGCUGGGAGGCAGCGCUCAGCCAGAACAAGGAAAUGUCGUCGCAAUCAAACCACGUGGUAGCUGCAAUGAGGGAGAAGCGGAAUCCGGUCCAUAAAACAAAGCAAAAUGGUGCCCGAGCACCGGAUUUCAAGUCAGGUCGGUCGUCUAUGAAGCAAGAUAAACCGUGUUUCCGAUGUAGCCGCCAUCACGAUCCGGCAACUUGCCCGGCUCGCAGUUGGACCUGCUACUCUUGCGGGAAACAAGGCCACGUGUCAACAUGCUGUAGAGUGAAACCGUCGUCGUCGUCGUCGUCGUCGAAAAAGUCUGGAGGAAACCAACGUGUCGCUGAAAUGGCUGAAGCGGUAGAAGUUCUUCGACUGAAUCUGUUGGCGGAGUCGAUCGAUGCAGAAAGGCCAUCGUCACCGUCUUCACUGCCGAAUAAUGUGGCAGAACCGGAGGAUGAUUGCAGUUUGUCCAUACUGAAGCAGGCGUCUACUAGCAACAUCAACUCUCUCAACAAGGUCGACGCUCCAGAGUUCGUGACAUUGAAUUGUCAAGGUCGUCGUCUCGAUUUCGAGGUGGACUGUGGGGCGUGCCGGAGUGUAAUAUCCACAGAUACGUAUCAAAAGCAUUUUUCUGAGUGUAAGUUAGUUCCCACUGCUUUAGAAUUUGUUUCCGUUUCAGGCCAACGCAUUACGCCAAAUGGAACUGUUGGCAUUCAAGUCUCCGCUUCAUCAGGAAUCCAAGGUCAACUAGAGUUGGUGGUUAUUCCCACUGACCGCACAGUGCAUCCGUUACUAGGCCGUCACGGUCUGGACCUCAUUUUCCCUGGAUGGCGGAAGACUUUCUCGCUUAAGUCGGUCGGAUCAGCUUCUAAAUUAAGCUAUGGAUGAUUGAAUCUAGAUCACUAAAAAUUACAUUUUCUGCACUGUCCAAAACGGUGGUCAAAUUUAUCGGUGCAGAAAAACAAAUACGUGGAUUGUCAAA